AGCUCCCCCGUAACUAAGCAACCGGAGGCGCCUCGGAGCGGACUGACGACCUUCUCGACCCGGAAGUGCUGUCCCCAGCACCGGAAGUGAGAGGCCUACAGGACGCUAUCACCGAGGCGGUGUCAGGUAAUUGCGGGGGUAUUUCUUGAGUGGCCCAGCGGGAAGAAAAAGAACCGGCGGAAAAAAACUACAGGGCUCCGGAGGGCCUCGGUGGCACGGCCCGCCUCUCCCUCGGCUUCCAUGACUCCGGACUCGGCCUGGAAUAAGUAAACGAGGCUGGGAGGCAAGAAGACCCGGAUGUAGGGCGGGGCCUGCUGUGACGCGACGUGGCUCAGCUGCCCGGCCGACGAAAAGAGCCCGGAAACAUGCCGGUCUUGCCUCUGGAUGAACUCCAGUUUACGGAAAAAGAUUCACUGACAGGGAAGACAAACACUUUACCAGCGUUGCACCCCCGAAAUAAAACAGACCGGUCUUUUGUGGUGUACAAGCCCCUCCCGGGCACCGAAGAUCCGGCCCUGGUGGAGGAGUUUUUGGAACGAGCCAGAUUCAUUGCACGUGAUCUGGAUUGGCUCCUGGCUCUGCCCCAUGAUAAAUUCUGGUGCCAGGUCAUUUUUGACGAGUCGCUCCAGAAAUGCCUGGAUUCGUACCUGCGCCACGCCCCCCGCCAGUUCGACACCAGGACGGACCUCCCUGCCGAGGUGAAGGAGCUCGAGAAGCAUCUUCACCGGAACGUUUUCCUAACCUUCCUCCGGAUGUCCACCCACAAGGAAUCCAAAGAUCAUUUCAUCACACCAUCAGUAUUUGGAGAGAUCCUUUACAAUAACUUCUUAUUCGACAUUCCCAAGAUCUUGGAUCUGUGCGUGCUGUUUGGAAAAGGCAAUGGCUCCUUACUCCAGAAGAUGAUUGGAAACAUCUUUACCCAACAGUCAAAUUACUUCAACGAUUUGGAUGAAACCAUGCCUACGAUUCUUCAGGUUUUCAGCAACAUCCUUCAUGCCUGUGGCUUGCAAGGCGAAGAGGCUUCAGGUAGUCCACAGAAGCUGGAGGAAUGGGUCAGGAUGACUCCAAAGGGGCUACCUUUGCAGGAGCUGAAAGAUAUUGUCCUGUACAUCUGCGACAGCUGCAUCACCCUGUUUGCCUUCCUCGAUAUCUUUCCCUCGGCUUGCCAGACUUUUCAGAAGCACGAUUUUUGUUUCAGGCUGGCUGCUUUUUACGAGAUGGUGAUCCCCGAGUUGGAAUCUGCUAUCAAGAAACGGCACCCCGAAAAUAGCAGAGUGCUGUCGGACUUAUGGAGGAGGCUGUGUCACUCUCGGAAGAAGAUGGUGGAGAUUUUCCAUAUGGUGGUCCACCAGCUGUGCCUUCAGCCCAUUUUGGAAAGCAGCUGCGACAACAUCCAGGCGUACAUAGAAGAGUUCCUGCAGAUUUUCACCUCCGUGCUUCAGGAGACGAGGUUUCUCCGCGAUUACGACGAGCUUUUCCCUCUGGCAGAUGAUGUCAGCCUCCUCCAACAAGCCUCUUCAGUGCUAGACGAAACUCGAACAUCUUACAUUUUGCAAGCUGUGGAAAGUGCCUGGGACAAAACAGGUAGAAGGAGAAAAACGGUCCAAGGUCCACCUGUCUAUGAAACCGCAACCGGGGCCGUGACGGUCCCCAGUGCCUCAGAACAGACGGAACACUUUGAGGAACAGGAUCACCUGGAGUGUGCUGGAGCAGCUGCAGCUCCCGUAGCUCCCGUCUCUGGAGUAGAGCUGGAUUCCCUGAUCUCUCAGGUGAAGGAUCUGCUCCCUGACCUUGGAGAAGGCUUCGUCCUGGCCUGCUUGGAGGAGUACAACUAUAACGUGGAGCAUGUCAUCAACAACCUUCUAGAGGACAAGUUGGGGGCCUCCAUACAGAUGCUUGACAGAACCAUGCCUAGGCCUGUGAAACCAGACCCGACUCCGCUUGUCACGUCUCGGUGCAACGUUUUCCAAGAUGACGAGUUUGAUGUUUUCAGCAAGGAGGUGGUGGAUGUCUCUCGAAUUCAGAAAGGCAAGCGGAGCGACAAAGCCACCACGAAAAGCUUGCUGAACGACAAGCGCCUGGUGCAGGAGCAGAGGGAACGCUACAACCAGUACUCCGUCAUUGUUGAGGAGGUGCCCGUGGUGAGCGGGGAUCGCCUCUUCUCCCAGGAAGACUACGAGGACGAAUACGACGACACCUAUGACGGCAACCAGGUGGGAGCAAACGAUGCUGACUCAGACGACGAGCUGAUCAGCAGAAGGCCGUUCACCAUCCCUCAAGUCCUGAGGCCCAAAGAAGAGGAGGAGCAGGAGGACGAGGAGGAUGAAGAAGAGGCGAUGGAGGAUAGAGAGGCAACAAAGGACCACUUCAUUCAAGAUCCAGCAGUGCUGCGGGAGCGAGCCGAGGCCAGGCGGAUGACCUUCCUGGCAAGAAAAGGGCCAAAGCCAGAUAACUCAGGAGCUGUGACGGGCGUUGCCAAGGGCCGCGGCCAAAGCCGAGAGACAGUCCAGGAGCGACGGAAGAAAGAAGCCAGCAAGGGGACGAGGGCGAAUCACAACAGACGUGCAAUGGCCGACCGGAAGCGGAAUAAAGGCAUGAUCCCGUCUUGAAACAGCGGCGCGCCAGGGAGGCUUGUUUGGAACUGCUCUUUUUUCAGGGAGGUCCCCCCCUGACCCCCCCUGGAGAGAGAGAGAGAGAGACUUUUGCAAAGAUCAUUUUCCUAGGGCGGAAAACACAAAUCCACACAUAAGAACAGGCAAUUGCAGACCUGCAAUAGGGCUGCGUUGAGCGACUUGUGGAAAUUUGAGAAAUGCUUUUCUUUAAACGGUUCCUCCGGAAACUUUUGCUGUUUUUUGAGUUGUCCUAUAGGUUGCCUCUGUCAGGGCUGCCUCAAUCUGGUCUCCUAGGAAAGUGAAACCCUCGAUUCCCAUUUGAUUGAAGUGGGAGGGCACUUUAACUAAGAGGUGCUGAUUAGAGCAGAAUCAGGUGGAACCUGAAGCUCCCGCACACCAAGACAGAACCCCCUGGUGUUCCCCCUAACCCUGCCCCCAUAGCCCCCCCUCCCCCCUUGUGUAGCCAAUCCAGCACCGAGGUGUUUUGGGAAACGCUGGUGUUUGAGCUGGCGAGAUCCCACUCUCAGGGUAAACGGCCUUGAAGAUGCCAGGAUGUCAACACGAACCGGAUUCCAAACCCCUCUGUUCUUCCUCAAUUGUCAACCCACCCACCCCCGCCCGCCCCAAUUUCCCAUCAUAAAAA